GUCUGUGGUGGAAUAUAUAAGCGCGCUGGUCUGCUGUGCCACAGGGCGAGAUGGAGCACUGCGAGUUCAAGCGCUCAUGAACAUUCGACAGAUCAAAGUCUAUUUUUAAUCAGCACCAUUUUAGCAAAGUGUUUUUCAUAUCUGCAGUAGCGCUAGUCAAGUGCAGCUGUGUGUUUACGUAGCUCUAAUGAGCGCGGGUCUGUGUACAUAGUGUGUCGUGUGCGCUGUUUUUGUUUGAUUUUUGGCGUUCGUGUUUACUUUCAGCGCGAGAGAGCCGGAGAAAAUAUCUCGCUCAGUACUGUGUGUGUGUCUGUGUUAACGGACGUGUGCGUUUGUGUCGGAAAGGGGGGGAGCUUUCGAGAGUCGCGUUUCCGUUGCAUUAUUCAUGAGCGUCGCGGUAGCCCCGCCCAUAGGCGGAGUUAGUCAAAUUAACGCGCCGUGGAGCUGUUAGAUGAGCCAAAUGUAACACGUGGGUCACAAGCACAUCAGUGCCCAUAAAACUAUACAGAAAGCAGGCUCAGAGUAGUCAACGGCUGAUGGAUGUCUACUGUGAUGUCAGUGCAAAGUGAGCUUCCUAUUGCUGGUGGGGCAGCAGGUUUACUGGCCCACCCGCCGUCCCCACUGCAGACCAUUAAAGAUGAGGUGACCGCUAACAUUGUGCUAACCGAACUCGCAGCCAAUCACGUGACCCCACAGGAUGGGGUUACCGCCGAGGGGCCCUUUCAGAUUAAAAAUGGCCUACAAACUCGAACUGAAGUGCAGACGCAGAAACUGGCGCAGAAGCGGCGCUACAGUAUGAACGUGGCGUUCAAACAUCCGAGUCUCGGUAAGCGAAGACGCCGCGCCAAUUCUGAAUGCGAUCCUGUGCUUCCUACUAACUUCCUGCUGGGCGGGAAUAUAUUUGAUCCGUUAAACCUCAACAGCCUAUUGGACGAGGAGGUCAGUAAAGCGCUUAAUGCCGAAACGCCCAAAUCAUCGCCACUCCCCUCUAAAAACCGAGACCCGGUGGAGAUUCUCAUCCCGAAAGAUAUUACAGACCCGCUGAAUUUAAGUGGCAGGGGCGGAGAUUCGGCUGCCGGUGUGUUGGUUUCUCCAAUGAAGAUCAGACGCAGACACCGCAACCGCCAUCAUCCUGGAGCGACCACAGGCGUUGCCGACCAAUCAGAUUGUGAGAAGUCAAAAACCAAUGAAACGACAUUAUUUCCUGUAGCUAAUCCUGAAGAAGCUGCGAACAGUGCCGUUCUUCCGCCUGUCGAGGAGUCGCCGCGUCCGUAUGAGCUCAACACGUCGAUUAAUUGCCGCGAUGAAGUGGUGCAACCUAUUCUGCCACGGCGUAAGUCACACCCCUCUGCGUCUAGCUCCGCCCCUCAAUUACUCUCUAGGUCCGCCUCUGCGCCCCAUCCGUCCAAACAUCGGAAGCGCAGACGAACUGUCAGUCGCUCGGACUCUCGCCUGUCAAUCACACCAACUCCGCCCACCAAGCGGCUAAUCACACACACUCAAACCUUUCACACUCCAGUUAUAGGCGGAGCCAGCGGAGCUCCUCCCUUGGGGGCGGAGCGAAGCCAUGAACAGCAGCGCAGGCCGCGGCGCAAAUACCAUAAUGGAGCCUACAGCCGUUACUAUGGCUACCGCACACCAUCGAUGACCGCCGACCCACGAUUGGCUCUUUUUAAUCCCGAAUGGUUCUCUGGAAAAAAAGUUCUAGAUGUGGGCUGUAACACGGGUCAUGUGACCCUUGCCAUCGCCAAACACUGCAGCCCCGCCCACAUCCUGGGCUUGGACAUUGAUGGGGCGCUGGUGCAAGCCGCCCGCCAGAACCUGCGCCACUUCCUGUCGGAGCUGCAGGACAGGCAGCAGGCGGGAGCAGGUGAGGGGUCAGAGGUCACGGGGCUGGUGCCGCUGAUGGACCUGCAGCUGGUGUUACCCAGGUUUCCUGUCUCCUUCAUGCGCUGCCGCGGACCCAUCGCCGCUCCUCCCAUAAUGCAUCAGUCUCUAGGCCAGUUCCCCAGCAACGUCUGCUUCCUGAAGGGCGAUUAUGUGCCGGACAGUGAUGCGGAAGUGGUGUCACAGAGCGCGGAGUAUGAUGUCAUUCUGUGUCUGAGUUUGACCAAGUGGGUUCACCUGAACUAUGGCGACGCUGGAAUUCAGAGGCUGUUUGGGCGGAUCUACAGACACCUGUUACCUGGAGGAGUGCUGAUCCUCGAACCGCAGCCCUGGAGCUCAUACAGCCGCCACAAGAGACUGACGGACGUUACACGCAGGAACUACAGCAGUAUUCGACUGAAGCCGGAUAAGUUCAGCUCCUUCCUGAUGGCAGAGGUGGGUUUCAGCAGUUAUGAGCUCAUCGGGACGCCCCGCGCCAGCCCUAAAGGUCUCCAGAGGUCUGUUUACCUGUUCCACAAAAGCCCCGCCUCCAGCAGGAAGUGACUUUCAGGAAAAGCAACAGGAUUGUUUUUAAAUCCUCUUCAUGAUCUGCUGAUUUCAGCCAAACACGCAUACAUUUGUAAGCAUAAGGUAUGCUGAGGUUUGUUCCUUCCUGUGCCCUGUCGGAGGAGGGCUGGACUACUUCCUGUUUGCUCUGUUUUUGUUUUUUAAACUGAAUCAAACCCGUUUGACCUUUGACUGACUGCUUCUGAACUCUGAUUGGAUUGGUCAAAUAGGUGCUAGUGUGUGUGUGUGUGUGUGUGUGUCAUUUACAGACUGAUCUGAGUGACGCUCUUCUGAAACACACACACACACACACACACGUCAGUAAGCGAGGUUCAUGUGUGUUGUUUUUGAGACACAUGCUAAUAAAUCUGAUGUGCUUCUGA